AAAAUCUAGGGAUUUUUUGCUAGAAAAGAAACAAACCUGUAUUUUAAAUUGUUUGAUCAAUGAAUCAUAGAUACAAUUAAACUCGUUUCGAUUGAAAAUUUGACGAUUGUCGUAUUAAAAUAUUCAUUUUUAUGAACAUCAUUUUAUGCUAAAUUAAAAUGGCUACCGUACAAGAAGAAAUAAAAAAUUUUGUUAAACGAGCUACUAUCACAACAAACUCGCAAGAAGCUGUUACAGAAUACUUCCUGUCGAAGCAACAAGAUCGUAACAUUAAAAAGUAUCCAGAAUGGGAUAAGCCAAGAGUUUACCCGGCAUUAGAAGUUGUUAGAGCGCAUUGUGAGUUAGCAAAAACUGAGGAGAGAUUACGUGCAAAAUGGGCCGAACAAGAGAAAAAGCGGAAAUUCAUGGACGAGCAAUGGAACGAGAUGAGACGUCAGGAAUUGGUCCUCCGAGAAUCAUUUAUAAAGUUCAAUAGAUUCGUGAGGGAAAAUCAAGAAAAACGUGAUCGUGCGGAUACCAAAAUUAAAGAAGAACGCGACCGUCAAGCACAUAGGCUGGAAGAAAUAAAAGAACUCGAAGAAAAAUUACUCUAUAUGAAUGAUAUUCGAGAUAGGAUGAAAAAACAUGUGGCAGAAUAUAAAAAGUAUCAAGAUUAUUUAGACAGGGUCAUUAUCGAAACAGGAGAAUUUCAUUCGAUUUCUGAGAUUUUUAAUCGUUACGAAACUUUAAUUGAAGCACGAUCAAUCUUGUCUGAACAUCAGGAUAAAAACCUUGAGUUGUUAGAAGAAAAGGGAACAGAAAUGCAUCAUAUGACAGAGUCAAAGUCACAAAAAAUUAUGACAUUGAAUAAUAAAUUAGCGCAACUACAAGCAAGACGCGAUAGGGCGGAAGUGCAAGCUCGUAAAUGGGAAACAAUCGUAGCUGAAAUAAAAGUAACUGCGGCGGAGAAAAAUUUAGAGCACACGCAAGUAAAAACGUGUUGUUGGAAUCUAUAUCAACAGAUCUGCAAGAGAAAGGAUAUUCCCGUGACCGUAAGCAAAGACGAUGUCGAACAACAGUUAGAUUAUAUCAAGCGAACCAUCCUUGAAUUAAAACGAAUCAUAAAAGUUGCAAAAAAACACGCGACAAAGCUAUACACUACUUGCUGUUUGAGAUCGUUUUCACCGAUUGACAUCUAACUGUAGAGGUUAGUGUGAGACUCACUAUUUAUUAAACAUUUAUAAACAGUUGC